AUGAAGCUCUCAAUUGCUGCCCUUACUCUUCUGGCCGGUGCCGUCUCGGCUACUCCCAUCGCUACCGAGCUGCUCUCUCUCGAGGGUGGUAUCAACACCAGAUACUCCUCUGAUAUUACUCGGAACAUCUUCUGCAAGGGAAUCCACUCUCACAACGACUACUGGCGUGAUGUCCCUCUCUACACCGCUUUGUCGCUCGGUGUGCUCUCUGUCGAGGCUGAUGUCUGGCACUACGACGAUGAUGACACCAUCUACGUCGGUCACCACACUGCUGCUCUGAACGCUCAGCGCACUUUCCAAAACCUCUACCUUGAUCCGCUCAUGGACAUCCUCACCCAGAACAACCCCAACAACACAUUCACCGUCAACCAGACUUCUCCCAACGGUGUGUGGGAUACCGACUCUACCCAGACUCUGUACCUGUUUGUCGAUCUUAAGACCGAUGGUGAUGCUACCUGGCCUUACAUCGUCGAGGCUCUCGAGCCCCUGAACGAGAAGGGAUACCUUACCACCUACAACGGUACCGACGUCACCUACGGUCCCAUCACCGUCAUUGGUACCGGAAACACCCCCUACGACUACGUCGUCGAGCACACCGACCGCUACUACUUCUACGACGGUCCCAUUGCUACCCUCAACUCGUCGUACCCCGCGACUGUGAACCCUAUUGCUUCGGGUUCGCUUUCGCAGAUUGUUGGUGACAUCGCCCCCUCUGGACUGAACAAGACCCAGUACGCUACCGUCAAGAAGCUCAUCGACGAUGCCCAUGAUGCCGGCAUCAUGACCCGCUUCUGGGAGGUCGCCUGGUGGCCUGUGUCGACCCGCAACACUCUCUACCGACAGCUCAUCGGUCUCGGAACCGACUUGCUCAACGCUGACGAUCUCGAGUUGGCUUCUACCUUCUACUAA